AUGUUAUAUACCGGUGGCAAUUUGCAAACUGUUUAAAUUAGAAUUUUUCAUUUUGAUUUUUGUGCGUGUUCCAUAAAUUGUGUUAAUACUAAAUUAAUAUAUUUGGUUUUUGAAUUAAAACGACUGCUUCGUCUCAUAUUUACAAAAGUAUUAGUUUAAUUCAAAAGUUACUUUGGAUUGCCGAUUUAUAUUUGUAAGUACGGCACGAUAUUGAUAACUUAUGUUUAGACGUAUUUUACCUAAAUUUGCCGUAUUGGUUUCCAAUAAUUAUAACUCUCGAUUCAUUAGUGUUUCUAAAAAAUUUCUUAUACCAAUCAAAAUGACUAAGAUCGGAACACAUGAUGGAGUCUUCCACUGUGAUGAAGUCCUUGCUUGCUUCAUGCUCCAGCAACUUCCUGAAUAUAAAGAUGCAGAGAUCAUCAGAACUAGGGAUAUGGAGAAACUCAAUGCUUGUGAUAUAGUUGUUGACGUUGGUGCAGUAUUUGAUCACAAUAAGAAGAGAUAUGAUCACCAUCAAAGGGAUUUUAAUGAAACUCUGAGCAGUCUCAAACCUGAAUUGGGCGAGAAAUAUAAGAUUAAGUUAAGCUCAGCUGGGCUGAUCUAUGCCUUCUAUGGCGAGAGAGUUAUACAAACACUUGCACCAAAAGAACACCCUUUACAUGCCGAUGACCUCAAACUUAUAUUUAAAAAAGUUUACAAGAGCUUCAUAGAAGAAAUGGAUGCUAUUGACAAUGGUGUGCCAAUGACAGACGAAGAACCCAGAUACAAAAUUAGCACUCAUUUGAGUGCGAGAGUUGCCAGACUGAACCCUGAAUGGAACACCUCACAGAAAAUCAAUGUAGAAGAACUAUUCUAUCAAGCUAUGAAGCUAGUGAGAGAAGAAUUUAUAUACACAGUUAAUUAUUUCAUAUCAGUCUGGCUACCAGCACGAGAUCAUGUGAAGAACGCGUUAGAAGACAGAUUUGAAGUGCACAAAUCGGGUAAAAUUGUGGAAUUCAAAGAGCGCUUACCGUGGAAAGAGCAUUUGUUUGAUUUGGAAGAGGACAUGGGCUUGUGCCAAGAGAUAAAAUAUGUUCUGUUCAACGACAAGCCCAAGUCCUGGAGGGUGCAAACGGUGCCAGUCGCUCCUAGCAGCUUUAUUACCAGAAAACCAUUACACCCGAAGUGGUGGGGGGUCCGGGAUGAUGUACUGAGCGAAGUGGCGAACAUUGAAGGUUGCAUAUUCUGCCACAGCACCGGGUUUAUUGGCGGUAAUGUGUCGAGAGAUGGCGCUUUAGCAAUGGCCGUUGCUAGCUUAGAAGCGUGAAACAAAAUGCUGAAAGGUUACUUAAUUUUGAGUUCAACUUAACAUAGGCACCGAGUAAUCAAUCGCUCAUAUAGAAAUGAAAUAAAUUUAACAUCUACUGGAUCAAUUUAACACACUGAAGGAUUGUUCUAGGUAAUUUUUAUCCCCAUUCAAUCUCAAUGGUGUCAGAUAUAUAUUUAUGUAAUAAGAACAGAAAUGCACUUUACAUAAAUCAACUAAAAGUCUUUAAUGUUUUAGGAUUUUUUUUUUAAUGUGCAUCAUGGAUUCGGGAGAUAUACUAUUAAUAAAUAUAUUAUGAUAUUUUUUAUGUAUUUGGCCACUGUUUACAUGACAUUAUUAUAAAUAAAUGAGGGUUUCAGUUGAAUAGUUAAUAUUAUUCUAAAUAAUAUGUUUAUUUCAAUAUUGGCUACUAUUGUUUUUAUCACAUAAAUGUAAAAAACAUGGUAUUUCUAUGUUUUAUUUUAAAUUUUAAUUGCAUUCAGCUUGAAAUUGAGUUACUAAAUGUUUUGUAGCAUUCGAUUAUGGUCAAUAUGCUGUUGGAAAUAAAGUGAAGUUUUCAUUGCUUGGAAAUAAAAUUGUAAUUGGUGAAUUUUGGUUGAUGAUUAAAAAUA